AUGUUCACCGGGGAUCAAGAAAAGGCUAACACCGGCGGCGCUUCUUUGCUGCCGGUCACCGUCCAUAAGACGAGAAGAAGAGCAUUGGAUUACGUAGAGUACGCGGAAAACGAUGGUUCAUCGGCCAGUCACAGCCUGCAACGCUCGGAGCAUAACAGAUCUCCGCGAAGGAGAAUGAAUUCAAUGACAUUGAAAUGUUUAUGGCCACGGUGGAGUGUGACCCUUUGCUUUUUCGGAGCCUUGAUAUUAUUUGUGCUUUCCACCAUCUUUUUAAAGAUAAUGCUGAUGAGCAGCUUUAAUCCUACAGUUGAUGCUAAAACGAAUUCUUAUCCUUUUUUGAGACGUCAACAGCCUUUGGAAGCCUCCUCUGCCGUUGCAUCACCGAAGAUUUUUCAACACUUGCAUGAACAGAUACCUGAUAUUUGGAAGAAGCCUAGAAGUGGCAGGUUUUCUAAAUGCAUCGGAAGAUCGAAACGUAAACUCGGCGAAACUGCCACAAAUGGUUACGUUCUAGUUCAUGCAAAUGGUGGACUAAAUCAAAUGACUACAGGGAUAAGUGAUAUGGUUGCCAUCGCAAAAUUACUAAAUGCAACGUUGGUUCUUCCUUCCUUAGAUCAUACCUCCUUUUGGAAAGAUCCAAGUGAAUUUAAAGAUAUUUUCAACUGGAAGCACUUCAUGGAAGCUCUCAAAGAUGAUAUUGAAGUGCUAGAGUCUCUUCCACCAAGCAUCGCCAAGGUGAAGCCUAUAGUCAAAGCCCCCGUUUCCUGGUCAAAGCCGAGAUACUAUAGGGGAGAAAUCCUGUCGUUAUUAAAGAAGAAAGGGGUGAUAGAAUUUCCACUCUCCGAUUCCCGUCUUGCUAACAAUGGCGUGCCGAGUUCAAUCCAGAGGCUUCGCUGUUAUACAAUGUUUGAAGCACUUCGAUUUGCGGAAGAGAUAGAAGAACUAGGAAAGAAGUUAAUAAGCAGACUAAGGGAAGAUGGUGAUCGAUACAUUGCACUUCAUUUAAGAUACGAAAAGGACAUGCUUGCCUUCACUGGUUGCACCCACAACCUCAAUAGAACAGAAUCCGAGGAGCUUCGGCGUUUAAGGUAUAAAACCAGGCGCUGGAAAGAGAAACAGAUAAACGGCACGCUGCGGCGACUUGAAGGAGGGUGUCCCAUGACACCGAGGGAAGCUGCCGUUUUUCUUCAGGCUUUGGGAUAUCCCUCCAGCACUAAAAUCUACAUAGUUGCCGGAGAAAUAUACGGUGACAAACUUACUCAGUUCAAGAAGCACUACCCGAAUACUUAUUCUCAUUCCACCUUGGCUACCGAGCAAGAGUUGCAACCAUUUGGGCGACGCCACAACAAGCUUGCUGCAAUAGACUAUACUGUUGCCCUGGAGAGUGAUGUCUUUGUUUACACCUAUGACGGGAAUAUGGCAAAAGCAGUGCGUGGUCAUCGCAUUUUUGAAGGCUUUCGGAAAACAAUCAACCCUGACAAGCGGAACUUCGUCACGCUUAUUGAUAAACUGGACAAAGGACUGAUGUCUUGGGAUGAAUUCUCAUCCGAAGUUAAGAGAUUACACGAGAGCAGAAUUGGAGGACCCUACUACAGAGAAGUUAAAGAAUCUCCAAAACUCGAAGAGAACUUCUAUGCCAAUCCUUUGCCUGGUUGUGUUUGUGAAGAUUAA